GCUCAGCAGUGUUGAGGCCUCGGUGGUCACGUGAUAGGAGGUGCCUGCCUUCUGACGAUGGUUGCUCAGCGUGCUGCACGAACAAAAAUGCCGUUACAUUUGUAGUUUUGAAUUAAAAAAAAGUCCUACGAGGUAUUAAACGCGUGUCAGGUGCUAGCUUCCAAAAGAAUAUUGUGCAUUUUCUAAAUGAAUUAGAUAUGAAUAUUCUUUCAGGAUUACGUGCUGAUACGUUAUCUUAUAAGAAGUGAUUCCGGUUCAGUGGGAAGGUUUGAACUGCUCUCUGGAAAGUGACCAUUGUUGUAAUCAGGUCGAGGCUGUUAUCAUUUCCACUUGCUGGCUUUCUUAGUUUUUUUUACGGGUUUACAGCAGAAAAACAGUGCAAGCUUUUUAGAGUGUCAUGAAAGAAAUGUCAAGCACCAUGCCUGGUGGGCAGCAGCCUCAGAAACACUAUGGCAUCACCUCUGCCAUUAGCCUUGCACCCCCUCGAGAACUAGACCACCAGUACACCAAGAAGCUCUGUGAUGCUAUGAAACCUUUUGGGGUGUUUGAAGACGAAGAGGAAUUGAACCAUAGACUUGCAGUUCUUGGGAAGUUGAAUAACUUUGUUAAAGAAUGGAUAUCAGAGAUCAGUGAAUUAAAGAACCUUCCACCAUCAGCUAUAAGCUGUGUUGGGGGCAAGAUAUUUACAUUUGGUUCGUACAGACUUGGAGUGCACACAAAAGGAGCUGAUAUUGAUGCCUUAUGUGUGGCUCCACGCCAUGUAGAGAGAAGCGACUUUUUCCAGUCUUUCUUUGAGAAAUUCAAACAGCACGAAGAAAUCAAAGACCUGAGGGCUGUCGAAGAUGCCUUUGUACCGGUGAUAAAAUUCAAAUUUGACGGAAUAGAGAUUGACCUGCUUUUUGCCAGACUGGCCUUACAGUCCAUUCCAGACAACUUGGACCUGAGGGGAGACUCCAUCCUGAGAAACUUGGACAUUCGAUGUAUCCGCAGUCUUAACGGUUGUCGAGUGACAGAUGAAAUUCUGUACCUGGUGCCAAACAAAGAGAACUUUAGACUAACCUUGAGAGCCAUUAAACUGUGGGCAAAACGUCGUGGGAUCUACUCCAACAUGCUGGGGUUUCUGGGUGGAGUGUCAUGGGCCAUGCUGGUGGCCCGGACCUGCCAGCUCUACCCUAACGCUGUGGCCGCCACGCUGGUCCACAAGUUCUUCUUGGUGUUUUCCAAGUGGGAGUGGCCUAAUCCUGUGCUAUUGAAACAGCCUGAGGACAGUAAUCUGAAUCUACCUGUGUGGGAUCCUAGAGUGAACCCAUCUGACAGAUACCACCUGAUGCCCAUCAUCACCCCCGCCUAUCCCCAGCAGAACUCCACAUACAACGUCUCCACAUCAACGCGCACCAUCAUGAGCGAGGAGUUCAAAUACGGCCUCAGCGUCACAGAUGAGAUUCUUCAGGGAAAAGCAGAAUGGUCUAAACUCUUUGAGCCACCCAACUUCUUCCAAAAGUACAAGCAUUACAUUGUUCUGACUGCCAGCGCCUCUACAGAAGAAAACCACCUAGAAUGGAUCGGUCUGGUAGAGUCAAAGAUUCGCGUUCUGGUGGGAAACCUGGAGAGGAAUGAAUACAUCACCCUGGCUCAUGUAAACCCCCAGUCCUUCCCUGGGUCCAAGGAGAACCGCAACGAGAACGACUUUGUGUCCAUGUGGUUCAUUGGGAUCAUCUUCAAGAAAGUGGAGAAUGCGGAGAGUGUGAACAUUGACCUGACGUAUGAUAUCCAGUCCUUCACAGACACUGUGUACAGACAAGCCAACAACAUCAAUAUGCUGAAGGAUGGGAUGAAGAUUGAAGCAACACAUGUGAAGAAGAAACAGCUCCAUCAGUAUCUUCCUCCUGAACUAGUGCAGAAGAAAAAGAGGAGCAUAGCUGAGUUGAACCGUAGCUCUAACGGAGGGAGCUCUAAGCGGCUGUCUCUGGACAGCAGUCACCUGGACAGCUCCAGGGACACCGACUCGGGGACUCCCUUUACCUCCCCAAGCGGCAAACCCUCUAAGCCUGCGUCUGACACAGAGGACAGCGUCAGCCCUCCAAAGCAGCUUUUUGUGGACGGCUCCCCAGCUUCCAGCGCAGCAGCAGCUACAGCUGUUUCAGCAGCUACAACAGAUACAGCAGAUACAGCAGAUACAGCAGAUACAGCAGAUACAGCAGAUACAACAGAUACAACAGAUACAGCAGAUACAACAGAUACAGCAGAUACAGCAGAUACAGCCGCUACAACAGCUGCUGCUGCUACAGACCAAGGAAUGUCCAUCCCUGUCAUUGGCUCUAAGCCUGCGGGUAAAGCAAAGCCUGCUUCUCCAUCAGCCAGCAGCUCCGUCACCCCAGAGCUGAGCGGGGACGUGCAGCCCGACGCCACCAGCAGCCCCAGAGAGGAGCCCAACAACGGCCUAGAGGACUCUGCCAACGGAGCUCCUGCCAAGAGACCACACUCGCCUGCACAAGAGGACCCGGCCAAGAGGCACAAAGACACAGAGGUGGUGUCCAACGAUGACUCUGCAUUUAAAGAGCCAUAUCCACCUACCUCAGAAUCCAACACGCAUGGAGAAGGACCCAAUGUUACCCCCCUUUCUGUAUCAAAGGCUAAACCCAUUCCAACCAUUGAUACAUCAAGAACACAGAGACUUCCCAGCAUGGAGCUGCCAGACGCCUCGUCGCCUCUCCCAGCCAGCAACAGUUGUCGCGUCGUGAAAAAUUCCAUUAAACUGGCCCUCAACCGCCACAACAUCACACCUCCCAAGCCCCCUGUGUUUGAGGGCACCCUCACCACUGACGCUCCUCCUGCCACCGAAGAAAAGGGCAUGUCCAUUCCUGUCAUUGGCUCAAAACACGUGGCAGCCAAACACCAGGUGCCCCCCGUCGGCAGCUCCAUCCCCACUUUAGUGAGCCGAGGUGCCGACCCACUGAACGGGGCGACCUCCAAGAGAUCCCACUCCCCCUCUCUGGAGGAGCAGGCCAAGAGGCUGAAAGAAACAGAAAAGGCCAGAAUCCACAUAGCUUGAACACACAACUAUAGACUGGAUUUAUAUACAUGCAUUCACAGAGUUGGGGCUUUAUAGUGAAGUCAAACAGCGAGAAGAUGACUUCACACGGGGGCAGGGAGUGUGUGUUCAGGUCUGUCAGUCUCAAGUGUGAAGGAGCAGAACGGACAGCUCACCUCAGAUCUUCAGAGAUUACAGAUUUGCCAGUGGAUAGGUGAUUUUGGUCAAACCAGAUGUUGUGAGCGCCCUCUGUCACACUCACAGCCAGAGGGCAUUUAACGAAGAUAUCUGAGAACUAAAGCGACCGUUUUAUACUCGUGUUCUCCCUCGGUGUUUAAAAGCCUUCACAGAACAGAUGAUAAUUUAGCUGUUCUUUUCAUAUAUUUUUUUUCAGUUAAACAUGUUUUAAAACAGCCCAAAACAUUUAUCGACGCUUGCUACACACACUUCUGGUGUAUGCUGAUUUCUUUCUUUUCUUUCCUCCCAAACAGAAACCUGUACAGUAAAUGUUGAUGUACAUAACUUUUUUGUCUUAAAAAAAAAAAAAAAAAAGCAAAAGAUCACUGUUAAGUCUUUUGACCAUUCUAUUGUAGUUUUAUCUAAAAAGGAAAAAAGAAAAGUUAUAAAAAAAAAAUGUAAUUUUUUGUUUUUCUCUAUUGCUUGUCCAAAAAAAAAGUCUCCAGCCCUGGAUAUUUUUUGUAAACACUGUAUAGGUUUGGAUACAGUUGCAGGGAGGCUUUAUUGAGGGUUUGCUUGGAUAUGAUGGAAAUCAAAACCACAACUCUUUGGACCGCCACGACUACCCAAAGAGGACUCCAGGUUGGUAUUGGACUUGCAGUGUGUAGGUGAUCAUAGACGCCCAGUGACAUCAGUGCUCCUCAGGUGUCGGUAAGAGCAAGAAAAUCACCCUUAAGACAACAGGAAACGUCAUGCAUUUUCUAGAAGUGGUGAAAUUGGUCUGAAGCUUUUCAGUUAGUGUUCGGCUCUGAAGGAUUAGUACAGAAGAUGAGAAGAACCAUAUCAAUGAUGAUGCCACACUAAUCAUUCUUUUCAGUGUAGCUUCGGUGUCAAAGUGUCACGCCUAUUGUAUGUUUUUGAUUAAAAGAAAAGGUUGAGUUUUCUGCCUACUUUCCCUGGUGUGUUUAAGCCCUAGAUGUCAGAUAGGUGAGGUUGACGCAAACAAGUUAGUGCUGGACACUUAAGACGGUCACAAGAAAGUGUUUAAAUAUCAGUUUUGUGUACGUACCUGUGAUUGUCUGACACGUUAAAUGAAUCUCUAGUCUAUCAGGAGGGCUGAACGACAAACAAGAUCAUUUGUUCGGGAUUCUGCUUGACCCCCACCCCCACCAGUUCACCGUGGUCUGCUAGGGAAGCAAAGUCCUGGUCGUUUUUGCAUCCCAUGACCAUGAAGGAGUUUGUGGUGCUUUGUGGGAAAAAAAUGGUUUGAAGCUUUUUGACGAGUUGUGCUGGUUUGUAGGUGUGUUUGUGUGUGUAUGUAUGCAUGCGUAUAUGGUUGAACGUGAGCGUGCAUGCAUAGAUGUUUGUGUUGGAGAAUGAUGGAAUUCCCUUCGUAUUGGGUGUUAACCCUCUGCGCCUCCUGUGGAGGUUCUUAAAAGGCAUCUCCUGAGGCCACUGGUGGGGGGUCAGGAGACGACUCUUUUCCUGCCUUAGGCCCCAACCUUCCAUCUUUAUGGUCUGAAACUCUGUGGAUGUUUGAUUUCAGAAAAUAUACUGUAUGUAUACAAGAAAGUAUAAAGUGAUGCUGAAGAGGCGCGCCCUAUUCUUCAGAGCAGGUAGAGAGACAGGGACACAGGCUCUUUUUCCGGCAUCGGUUUCCCCAAAUAAAUGUACAGAGAACAGUUUUUUCAAAAGGCAUAUUCUUCAUUAUUGGGGUUUUUUCUUAUCACUUUAUUUAUAUUUGCAUAUUUGUACCAUGUGAUCUUUUUUUUUUUUUUAAAUAGCAUUCAUAGCAGGUAGGUCUCUUUUUAAUGAAAUCUGCACCACUCUGUUUCAGACAACUCAUGUUUUGCUGUUUGGAAACAUUUAACAAAACAGGUCAUUUAGAUGUUUGUUUCUAAAAUGUAUUGAAAGGGUAUUUUUGUAUGUGUUUAUCACUUCCUUUAAAUGAAUCCGUACACCCAUUAAACCCCUAAAAACUA